CGUGGUGAGCAUCAUUUCUAAGGAGAAGACGAAGGCGCGACCACAAGCCCUGAACACAGUGGAGCUCAUGAAGGUCGCGAGUGCAGGUCUCGGCAUGAGCCCGCAGUCUGCCAUGGUGGUGGCCGAGCGCCUCUACACGCAAGGCUACAUCAGUUACCCCAGAACUGAGACGUCCAGCUACCCUGAGAACUUCGACCUCAUCGGGGCGCUGCAGAUACAAGCGGGGCACCAGGACUGGGGCACGACGGUGCGGGAGCUGCUGCGGGAGGGCAUCAACAGGCCCAAGAAGGGGCACGACGCAGGGGACCAUCCACCCAUCACCCCCAUGAGGGCGGCAGAAAGACAUCACCUCGACCUGGACUCCUGGAGGAUCUACGAAUACAUCACCAAGCAUUUCAUUGGCACUCUGAUGCCGGACUGCAAGUACCUCAGUACAGUCAUGACAUUCAACAUCGGCUCCGAGGUCUUCUCCCUCACUGGCAUCGAGCUUCUUGAUCCUGGCUUUACGAAGGUCAUGGAUUGGCUGGCGUUGGAUGAAGAGAGCAAAGUUCCUGACCUCGUCGAGGGAGACAAACUCCCCAUCACUGAGGCGCGUCUGAACGAACGUCAAACCGUGGCUCCUGACUACCUGACGGAGGCUCAGGUGAUCGGGCUGAUGGAGAAGCACGGCAUCGGCACGGACGCCUCCAUCCCCGUGCACAUCAACAACAUCUGCCAGCGUAACUACGUCACCGUCGAGUCCGGCCGCCGCCUCGUACCUACCAACCUGGGCAUCGUGCUCGUGCAUGGCUAUCAAAAGAUCGACGUGGACUUGGUGCUGCCGACGAUGCGGUCGGCCGUCGAGGAGCAGCUUAACCUCAUCGCCGCUGGCAAGGCCGACUUCGACUCCGUGCUGCGCCACACUCUGCAUAUAUUCGCUGCCAAGUUCCAGUAUUUUGUGAGCAACAUCGGCGGCAUGGAUAACCUCUUCGAAGUCUCCUUCUCACCCUUGUCAGAAUCUGGGAAACCUUUCUCAAGAUGCGGCAAGUGCAAGCGCUACAUGAAGCUCGUCGAGACCAAACCCCAGCGCCUGUACUGCGCCACCUGCGACGACACCUACGCCGUGCCUCCUGGUGGCAACGUGCGUGAAUACCAGGAAAACAAAUGCCCUCUGGACGACUUCCAGCUUCUGUUAUACAGCGGUGGCGGUCAAGGCCGGAGCUACACAUUCUGUCCUUACUGCUACAACAACGCACCCUUUCCGGGAAUGCUGAAGAACAGCGGCUGCAACAACUGCCUGCACCCGACCUGCGCGUUUGGGCGCGACAAGAUGGGCGUGUCGCAGUGCAUGGAGUGCGAGGGCGGCGUGCUGGUGCUGGACCCUGCGUCAGGACCUAAGUGGAAGAUCUGCUGCAACAGAUGUGACGUGCUUGUUUGCCUGUUCGACAAAGCGAGCAAAGUUAACGUCUUGUCAGAGGUGUGCGCCACGUGUGGCUCCCAGAACGUCGCCGUCGAGUACAAGGAGGGCAAAAGCAAAUUCAAGGACGGCAGCCUGAGCGAAAGCGGCUGCAUCUUCUGCAGCCCGAUGCUGACGCCGCUGGUGACGAAGCAGCGCGUGUCGUACGAGGGCAACCGAGGGCGCGGCCGCGGUAGAGGAGGACCUCGAGGGCGAGGGCGGGGCAGGGGUAGAGCGGGGAGAAGAUGAGAGGUACUUGCCCUAUGCCGCUAAAACUCUUCAUGUAUAUGGACAAUUUGGGUAUUAGUAGAAUUUAUUGGUCAUAAAAAGCAAUACUAAUGAUUUUAGUAUUGUACUCAAGGUAUAGUUUGUAGGCCAGCUAGGGAAGAAUUUCAAGCACACUCUGAAUGAUGGACUAGAGUGUACUUGGAAAUGGUCACUGAAUUCUAAGAAUUCGAGAAGAGAUUAUGCCACGAAUUUGUUAGCAGUCGUCCUCAAAAUACUAAUUUGAUUGGUUUAAUUUUUUUUGCUGUAAAGGCAACAUUCGUUAAAAAAAGAGGUUGCAUUGAAAUUGAAGGCUAUAUUUGUAAGAAGAAACAUUGCGAGACGAUGAGGGCAGAGGGCUCUCCUGGUCUCACGUGCUUUAAUAUAGGUACUCGUACCUUAUCUGACUAUAAUAUUUAUUUUAUUUAACACUUAUAAUUUCAUUUCGCACUUUAAAGUACGCAUGAGAAGAGUUUGUAUAAAUUAGCAAUUAAUCUAUUUUAGGUUUGAAUAUUUUUGACGUAUUUCAAUCCAUUGUUUAAAUUGAAUUAACGCCUUAAUCCAUUGUUUAAAUUGAAUUAACGCCUUAAUCCAUUGUCUCAAUUUAUUCCAAACAAUAAAUCUAAUCAAAGUGUAUUGUGUCAACACUAAAAUAAUAUUCAAACUAGCUUUCAAUAAUUACGCUUAGCAUUCACCACCUAAUGUUAAGAAUCUCUCAUGAACUACUGUGAUCGUGAAUUGGUAUGGAGUUCUGUUGGAGGGCUGGUCGAUGCUGCUGUCGCUGCAAGCACAACUUCGUGUUACGCUUAUUCUCGCUCAGCCUGUGUUGUGCAUAGGGCAUAAUGUAAUAUUUUGUUUAAUGUUGGUAAUGAGGAUGACAUUCUCGUGUCAAUUUUGCUAUCAUACUCUAUACAGAUUAGUUCAUUUCUCAUUCUGAUUUUUAUACGACUUUGCAGUACGCUCGCUGAUCACGAAAGUGUCAUAUUCUCGACAAUCAUAAUGCAAAAAUUUCUUUCCAAUUUCAAGAUUUUUUCAUUCAAUUUUGAAAUUACUUUACCUAACUGUAAAGUAAUUUCAACCUAACCUACCUAAGCUAUUUUAUAAGCAAAAAAUUAUUUUCUGUCAAUAUUUUUCGUUUAAAACGAAUCUAUAAAUUAUGUGCAUAAAUCCGAGUUCUGUGUUCAGCAGUUAUGGGUAAUGUGUUCAUGUGUUCAGAGUUAAAGCUACUCUUAACGAAGAUAUCGUUUCUUGUCUUGAAUGUUUCCUAAGUUUGGAUCAUUUGCUCGACCCUUGGUCAAGCCUCUGGCUAGAGAAAGUUUAGUUUUCGGGUAGACGCAUUUGUUGAUAUUCGGCUUUGGAGUAUCAAGAUUUGAAAUUUGUGUGACCAACGUUUAGGGAAAUAAGCUGACAGUUGUCAUCACAAGCGAUCUUCUAAGCUUAUUUUUGCCAUCGCCAAGGAGCUUCAGAAUAAAAUCUCCGCAGUGUC